UGGGAGGGAGCAGCUUUGUCCCCAGAGGCGAGGAUUCUGGGAGCUCCCUGGGCUGGAGCUGGGCUUAGGUGCGCCCCGGAGGCUUGGAGAGACGACAGCUCUUUUCAUCAUGGUGGUCUUGAGCCCAGGUGAGACGGUGGAGAUAGAAGACCUUGAAGAGAAUAAGGCCCUGUGCGUCAGUUACCGAGCCCAGGCGGUUUAUGGGCUGUGCGAGGAGGUACAGGCGAGCGUGCAGAAACACACGCAGGGCCUGCGACACAGUAAGGAGGAGCUGAACAGGCUUAACCAGGCCAUCCAGCGGCUGACUGCGGAGGUGAACAGUGCUAAGAGUCAGCCCUGUGAACUAGACAGAGCCAGGGAGCCACGAGCUCUGCAGGAGGAGAGUGCCUCAGAUAGUGCCCAGGGCAAGCUGGCCUGGCUGGAGGCCGCCCUGCAGCGAGCCAAGCAGGACAUGGCCCGGCAGCUGCGGGAGUACCAGGAGCUCAUGAUCGUGAAGCUGGGCCUGGACUUCGAGAUCGCCACCUACCGCAAGCUGCUGGAGGGCGAGGAGAGCAGGCUUGGUCUGGGAUUUGGGGCAGGAAGCUUCACCCUGGGCAGCGGGCUGGGCUCAGCCUCUGGCCCGGCCAACCUGCUGCCUCCCCGAGCGGGCUCCGGCGCCCUGGACACGAGCGCCCCUGGCGGCGGCUGCGCGCUCUGCGGCUCCCCCGGAUGCUUCGGGGGCUUUGGCUGCAGCGGUGCCCGCAGAUGUUGAACCUUCCUGCCAUGCUCUGGAGAAAAAGAACCCUAGCUUCUGCCCCAAGGACUUGACCCUCUGUCUCAGACGCCCCCUCCCACGGAGCUAGCCGUCACCUCAUCUUUCCCUCUUGCCUGCCCCCACCCCGGAGCGUAAAGUCUUGGAAUCUAAUUUACCGGACGGUGACUGCCCGGUUUCCAGGGUGAAGAUAGCCCGGAUGCUGAGCCACUGAGGAGGCCGUGUGGCUUACCUGGACCCAGCACCCUGUCCCUCUGACCUGCCCCCACCCCUUCACUCUUAUUUUCCUAGGACUCCUCCUUUGCAAUAAAAGUUCUUCAGUGGACUGAG